CUUUAUUAAACCAAUGGAUAGCUACAUGCCUUUAGUCGUUCCAUCCUUCCAAGUAAGCUUAAUAGUUGACCUAAUAUAUGGGAUCUCUUCUAAUCAAUGUCCUGGGCUAUUUAGGCCGGCUCAACCUGACAUUCAUCUAGGAUACUCCCUACGAACAAUUACUGCAGAAGCUUUGAGAGCAAUAUUUUAAUAUGGGUUAUUGAGGAUUACUCUGAGUCAGUGUGAUAAGGCCUGAGGAUGCAUCCACAAAGUACAUCAAUCUUACUGCUUGCUACAGAAUUACAGAUGAGCUAGAUAUAGAUACCAUUCAUGAACACAUCUGAGGAUUUAAUAGUCUCAAGAAAUCAUUUAUUGUUAGUGUUAUUGAGGAACCAGAGCUUAAAUCUCUACAAGCAGCUUCCUUUUUGAAUCUUAAGCUUUGUCAAGAAAAUGAUUGAAAUAACCAUUGAGAAGAUUCGAGAGACUCUUUAGGGUUAGAGUUAAAUGAAAGAAGUCCUUCUUAUUUUGAGUUUAUAGCCAAAGAAAAAUACCAGACUUUGGAAUCAUGACUCGAUAGAGAUCACUCCUAUGAAAUUAGCAGCCUCUUAAGAUCUCUCUCUUUUCUGACUACAACAGAUUCAGAUGAUGAAAUGCCAAUAGGAUUUAUCAAAGGAAUUCUAUAAUUAUAACAAAAGUGAUUAAAAUUAUUAUUUUUA